AUGAACAUCUUCAAAAAGUCCAACAAGAACAAGACCGCCUCGGCUGCCAACACCCCUGGCCAGACCCCCAUCCAGACCCCUCGCGUCUCGUUGGAAGAAUCCCGCCCUGUCGACAUGGCCUCCAAGCAGCAGAUGAAGCAGGCCCAGGACGCUGAAAUGCUCCACAAUCUCAUGACCAAGGCCAUGUCUGGCGGUCGCUUUGGCCCCUAUAUCCUCUAA